UGAGGGUGUGAUAUAAAAAAAAAACAACGAUUGCAUUAUUACUAUUUUUCGUUUGUGAUAAUUGUGCUUGUUUCGAUAAAUUGAUAUAAAGAUGCAUCAUGAACAGUCUAAAGGUACUCCGUUGCAAAGAAUCGAAAGCAACAGGCUCAAGAAUACUAAAAUAUCAGAUAGCUCAGAAUCACGUCAGUUGGACUGUAGCACGUUGAGUGUUGGUUCUCCAAGAAGAAAACUUCACCCAACCAGAGCAUCUUCGAUGUCUUUAAAUUUACCUAACGCAAGUCUGAGAAAAUUAGAAGCAGAGAACUAUAACUUAGAUAUGGAAUUGGCAUACAGUGAUUACGUUGCAUCUCAUUUGGAGUUGAUUCUAGAAAAAGAGGCCCUUAGGAAUGCUGAAAAAUGUUUUACCACAUCCAUAAAAAACCUUUGCGAGGAAACUAAGGCAUUACAUGAAAAAUACAAAUUAAUUGAGACCAGGAUAAAAGAGGUCAAAGCUGCUGGUCACUUGACUGAUUAUCAAGAUAAAAUCGCGUUCGUGGUAAAAAAUGUCAAAGCGGAUCUAAAUGAUUGUGAAAUCAUUACUAUACUGCCUCAGUUAAAAAAUUUAUUAAAUAGAUUUAAUAUACUGCGUUGUGAAAAUACCAUACUACCAGCUAACAAAGAAGAAGUCGAGGAGUUCAAGAAAGUCGUCACAGAAUGCUUUGAAACAUUGGAAAACAUAAGUGAUUUGGCUGAAUGUGAAGCUUUAGAAAAUUUCUCAGAAAAUUUUAAAGCGUUUACAACAACGUCACAGGAGAUAAACAGUUUGAAGAAAAUAAUUGAGGACGAAAUCUUCACUGUUCAAUCAGAAACUUUAAAAACAUGUUCCCACAUCUUUGCCCUUUAA